CCAGUUUUUGAAGAUUAAUAUACUCGCAAUAGUAUAUGUAAAAUGUUCAUGUUCAAUGUACAGUGACUCCAUGUCUCCAUUACUACAGGUUUAUAAACAUUAAGUAUGUCCUUUACUAAUUACUGAUGAUUCAAAAUAGGAUUUAGUUUAACACGUCAGAUUGGAUUAUAUCUGUGUAUCCUGUAUGUAGAAACAAGGAAAAUUAUGUGAAUGUUUGUUUUAUGAAGAAUAUGAAGACGAAUUAAAAUAAUGUAUAAUUGGAUGAUUGUAAAGUUAUCUAUUAUUAUUUGUAUAUGCUGUUUAAGAUUUACUACAUGCUCAGUUAACUUAGCAUUUAAGAAACCAGCUAUUCUCAGUUCCAAUUACACAGGAUCGGAUGGGACGAUAUAUUUUACAGCCGAUCGAGCUGUAGACGAAAAUACAAAUGAUGUAUUUGGAAUACCCGGAGAUCCUGUCGGCACAUGUACCCAUACCCGUCAGACUACAAACUCGAAACCAGUAUACUGGCAAGUGGACCUCGGACAGAUCAGUAUUGUAACACGGGUAAAAAUAGCGUACAGAAAUGAUCGCGACGAUAGAAUGAAUGGUUAUAGCAUUACAUUUUCAAACGAGUCAUUAGCUAAUGGUAUAGUUUGUUAUCAAGAUACAUUUCCUGGAAAGCCGUUGACAAAUGAUCAGCAUAACUGUACAGUUAUUGGAAGAUAUGCCCGAUACGACAACAACAUUGGGUUCGCAGAAAUUUGUAACUUUGAAGCCUAUGGAUGUCCAGUUGGUUCAUAUGGUGCAAUUUGUGCAACGUUAUGUCCAGCUACCUGUUUGUCUCCUACCUGUAACCCUGAUAAUGGAUAUUGUAUUGGCGGAUGUCGAUCUGGUUGGCAGGGGGAUAAGUGCCAACAAGUAUGUGAUGAUGGUACUUACGGAUUAGGAUGCGGAAACAAUUGUUUCUGUAGAGGGGCUGCUUGUAAUAAGGUGUCGGGGGAAUGUCCAGUUGGAGGAUGUCUAACGGGCUAUAAAGGGACUUAUUGUAAUGAAACAUGUACAGGUAACCAAUUUGGGUUUGACUGUCUGUCUGUUUGUAACUGUGCUGGAUCUGACUGCUUUCCCGAAAACGGAACGUGUUUUAGUGGAGGUUGUUUACCUGGAUGGGCAUUGGAUUCUUGCAGUCAACCAUGUCCUCCGAAUACGUUUGGACAAGACUGUAAUACCACCUGUGGUAAUUGUGCACGUGGCAGAACAUGUAACCCCGUAACUGGUAUUUGUGAUAAUGGUUGUGCCGAUGGUUGGUUGGGGAUGUAUUGUAAUAUUUCAUGUGAUCCCGGAUAUCAUGGUUUUAAUUGUUCGAAAGAAUGUGGAAAUUGUUUUAAUGGUACUAUUUGUAAUCCUCAGAAUGGACAUUGUCCUGGGCAGUGUGAUCCUGGUUGGCAUGGCAAUACAUGUCGAGCAUUGACAAGCGAUUCCGAUGGGUCUUCAACGGUAACAAUUGUUGUAGUGGUACUACUUUUAAUGUGCCUGGCGACAGGCCUGAUGGUAAUUUAUAUAAAAAGACGAAAAAUAGCAACAAGACAAAGUUUUAAAUACAGUAAAUCGUUCGUUGAUUCCAGAGGACUCAACAAUGACCAGAGCAGAAACUCAAACACACCAACUACAAAUGAAGCCAUAUAUUACAACACGCCACAAACAAUAAUCCCAGAAGAAAAACACAAUGAACUUCUAAAUAAUAUAGCUUUUACACCAGAUGAGGUUAUUUAUUCAAAUGAAGAAGUGGAAGAAAUUUGUACGAAUACUAAUAUAGAAUUAAACGAAAUGGCAGAAGUGAUUGAAAUUAAACGCAAACAAAUAUUUACAGAGGAAUAUAAUCAACUUCCAGCUGGUCAUCAGUUUCCCCAUGAACAUGGAAAACAUCCAAGCAAUAAAACCAAAAACAGAUUUUUAGCAACAUUUCCUUAUGAUAAAAAUAGAGUUAUCCUUCCUGCAAUAAAAGGUGUAGAAAAUUCUGACUAUAUAAAUGCUAGCUAUAUUGAUGGUCUCGAUAAAGAAAAAUCGUACAUCGCUUCACAAGGUCCAAAGAAAUCAACAGUUUCAGAUUUCUGGCGAAUGAUUUGGAAAGGAAAAAUCGAAAAGAUUGUAAUGGUUACCAAUCUGGUUGAGGGUGCAAAAACAAAAUGUGAGAAAUACUGGCCAGAUACAGAUGAUCACUUGACACAUGGUCCUCUAUGUGUCAAAAAUAACAAGGAGACUAAAUAUGCUGCUUUUACUAUUAGAGAACUAUCAAUAUCAAACAAAAAGAGCGAAAAGGAAAGAAUAAUAUACCACUACCAUUUUACCCGGUGGCCUGACCAUGGAACACCUGAUCCGUCUCAACUGGUUCACUUUAAUAGCAGAGUACAACUGCGAAAUACAAACACCGGACCUUUGCUGGUUCACUGCAGUGCUGGAAUAGGAAGAACAGGGACGUUUAUUGGUUUACACGAGUUAACAAUCCACGGUAGAAAAACUGGUUCUGUAGACGUGUUUCAAUAUGCAAAGUUAAUGAGACAAGGAAGAAUUAAUAUGAUACAAACUUUUGAACAAUAUAUAUUUCUGCACGAGGCUUUAUUAGAGGAGUUAACUAACCUAGAAACAUCAUAUCUUCGUGAAGAUUUUUCUGAAAUAAGACAGUCAUUAUUUUCCUGUGACAGUCCUACUAAUCAAACAAAACUGUGGACUCAAUACGAGCAUUUGAAAGCAAAAAAGCCAGUACAUGAUGAUAAUUGCUAUACUGAUGCACUGUCGGAGAAAAAUAAGUCUAAAAACCGGAACCAAGAAAUCAUUGCACAUAAUAGAUACCGUACCUACCUGAAUACCUAUGCUCCAUCAAGAACAGAUUAUAUCAACGCAAUCACUGUUCCAUCAUACAGAGACUUGACGGGUUAUAUAACAACACAAAUACCUCUACAAGAUACUGUAGAUGAUUUCUGGAGUAUGAUUUACGAUCACGAUUGUGGCUGUGUUAUAGUGCUAGAUAAAAUACCAAAUGAUGUUACUUUCACACCACCAGAAAAUGAAUUUAUGAGACUUGAAUCUUUUGUUGUUUAUUCUGAACGUGAGUUUCCGAGGAGUGACAGCAUAACUGAUUUUGAUAUAAUUAUCAGUCCUCAAGGAAGUAAUAAAGAAAAUGACAGGAAAAUAAAAAUGUUUGUUAGUACUAAAGAACAACAUGAUGUUAUACCAGACAAUACAGAGCUUUUUGUAUCCUUAUGCGAAUGUGUCGUUGACUUUGAAGCAACAAAUACACAGGAUUGCCCAGUUGUACUUGUAUGCCGAGAUGGUGCAUCACGAUGUGGUAUAUUUGCUGCCAUGACAACAACCAUUCAGAGAAUACUAGUGGAUAAAGAUCUCGACAUUUUCCUGGCUAUUAAGACAAUUCAACAAAGGCAACCUCGAUUUGUUGACUCAUUUGACCAAUACAAGUACAUCCAUGAAUUAGUAGAUGACUAUAUGGAUUCUAAUCAGCUGUAUGUGAAUGUAUAGAUUCUGUGUGAAUCAUUUACGAGUCCAUUUUUAAUCUAAAUU